AUGGGCAGAACAGAGAGGGAUUUGAUCCCAACACGCUUGACUGUCACCAAUUUCGCAGGGGGCAUCACCAAAACUCAUGGGAUCUUAGAUGUGGAUGUUAUAGUUGGAAGCAAGAAGCUGAAAGAUUGCAUUCUUUGUGGUGGACACUACUUCUACCACUUACAAUGCACUGCUUGGCAGAGACUGGAUUCAUCAGAGUCUAUGUGUUCCUUCCACUCUUCAUCAACAGUUAGCUUUAUGGAAUGA